UCCUCGCUCUCAGCCAUGGCCGGCGGCGACGGCGAUCGCGCCCGCGCGCCGAAGCGGUACAAGUCCUCGGCGCCAUCCAAGGCGGCCCUGGUCGACGAGACCGCCGAGAUGAACUACGCCGACGACUUCGACGACGACGCCCGCGACGGGGAUACCGAGGUGAAGAAGAGGGACUUCACCAAGCUGGAGCUGAAGCCGGAUCACGUGAACCGGCCGCUCUGGGCGUGCGCGGACGGCCGCAUCUUCCUCGAGACCUUCUCGCCCCUUUACAAGCAGGCCUACGAUUUCCUCAUCGCCAUCGCCGAACCUGUAUGCAGGCCCGAGUCUAUGCACGAGUACAAUUUAACGCCACACUCAUUGUAUGCCGCGGUCUCGGUUGGACUCGAGACGACUACUAUCAUUAGUGUCUUGAGCAAGCUCUCCAAGACUAAGUUACCUCGGGAAAUAAUCGAUUUCAUCCACGGCUCAACUGCCAAUUAUGGCAAAGUAAAGCUUGUUCUGAAGAAGAAUCGGUAUUUUGUGGAGUCCCCAUUCCCCGAGGUUUUGAAGACCCUUCUGAGUGAUGAUGUAAUUGCGAAAGCACGACAAGCUCCCGAGGACUGCCUAGAAGCACCUUCAUUCAGUGUUAGCAAAACACCUGGGGAAAUAGCUAGUGGACAUGAGGAAUUGUUAGAUGGAAUGGACUUAGCUGCUGCAGCUGAAGAAAAAGAAACACAUUCUUUCGAAAUUAUUCCCAACCAUGUUGAGAACGUCAAGCAGCGGUGCUUACCAAAUGCACUGAACUUUCCCAUGCUUGAGGAGUAUGAUUUUAGAAAUGACACAGUAAACCCAGAUUUGGAUAUGGAAUUAAAACCUCAAGCACGGCCAAGGCCAUAUCAAGAAAAGAGCCUGAGUAAGAUGUUUGGGAAUGGCAGAGCAAGGUCAGGCAUUAUCGUGCUACCUUGUGGUGCUGGAAAGUCGUUGGUUGGUGUAUCUGCGGCAUGUCGUAUUAAGAAGAGCUGUCUAUGUUUGGCCACAAAUGCUGUCUCUGUUGAUCAAUGGGCUUUCCAGUUCAAGCUCUGGUCAACUAUAAGAGAUGAACAUAUCAGUCGUUUUACGUCAGAUAACAAGGAGAAAUUUCGAGGGAUGGCCAGUGUUGUUGUGACCACUUAUAACAUGGUGGCAUUUGGGGGCAAACGAUCCGAAGACUCAGAGAAGAUUAUCGAAGAAAUCCGGAGCAGGGAGUGGGGUUUGCUCCUUAUGGAUGAGGUUCAUGUUGUCCCUGCACAUAUGUUCAGAAAGGUCAUCAGCAUUACCAAGUCUCACUGCAAGCUUGGUCUUACUGCUACACUUGUGAGAGAGGAUGAACGCAUUACAGAUCUAAAUUUUCUAAUUGGACCAAAGCUGUAUGAAGCAAAUUGGUUGGAUUUAGUGAAAGGUGGAUUUAUUGCAAAUGUGCAAUGUGCAGAAGUAUGGUGUCCCAUGACCAAAGAGUUCUUUGCUGAGUAUUUGAAAAAGGAAAAUUCAAAAAAGAAACAGGUACUCUAUGUGAUGAAUCCAAACAAAUUCAGGGCUUGCGAGUUUCUAAUUCGAUUCCAUGAGCAACAACGCGGGGAUAAGAUAAUUGUAUUUGCUGAUAAUUUAUUUGCACUAACUGCAUAUGCAAUGAAGCUCCGUAAACCAAUGAUUUAUGGUGCCACAAGCCAUGCUGAGAGGACAAGAAUUCUGUACCAAUUUAAGAACAGCCCAGAAGUCAACACUGUUUUCCUCUCUAAGGUGGGUGAUAACUCAAUUGAUAUUCCAGAAGCAAAUGUUAUCAUACAAAUAUCAUCUCAUGCUGGUUCCCGGCGUCAAGAAGCUCAACGGUUGGGACGUAUUCUCAGGGCAAAGGGUAAGCAUCAAGAUAGGAUGGCAGGUGGAAAAGAAGAAUACAAUGCUUUUUUCUACUCGCUUGUAUCAACUGACACACAGGAAAUGUACUAUUCGACAAAAAGGCAACAAUUCCUUAUCGACCAAGGAUACAGCUUCAAGGUGAUUACGAGCUUGCCACCACCUGAAGAAGGACCUAACUUGAGCUUUCACUCGCUUGAUGAACAGCUUGACCUGUUAGGCAAAGUGCUGAAUGCAGGGGAUGACAUGAUUGGUGUUGAGCACUUGGAAGAGGAUUCUGAUGGCAAGGCUCUGCUGAAGGCUCGGCGCUCUGCUGGACUAAUGAGUCACUUUUCUGGAGCUGGUGGAAUGGUCUACAUGGAGUACAAUACUGGGAAGGGAAAAGGAUCAAAGAAGAAGGACCCAGCCAAGAGGCAUCAGCUGUUCAAGAAACGCUAUACUUGAAGGUUCUGUUGUAUCGCAUCUGCUGAAGGCCAGGAACCUGUAGAGCGUGAUUUGCUUUGCUGGGACAUGGUGGUGCGUCUCCCUGUUAGCGCAUCAGCCAGAUUGCAUGCUGUUCACUCUAUGAGAGUUCUUACCGGGAAGUUACCUCCAGUUUCUUGUGGCGAGAAGCAAUUUUGGUUAUCUUUUUGCUGCUUAUUCUGAAUGUCUUCAGUUUGGCAUGCCAAUUUUGGCCAUGCUUUCUGUAUCCGUCCACAUGCCAUAUAAGAGUAUUGAAGCUUAUGAGGAGAAUGAGGACAUUUGUCUUGCAUGGACAUGUAAAUAUUGGUGCAACACCUGUAUACGAUAUAUAUUGAGAUUCCACAUUGCGAAGCCUUGUACGGCAUGAAUAUAUGGUUUCCUGCCA